AGCUACGGAAUAAAAGUCACUGUCACUUAUCGCAGUUCGUAGCUUUUCUCGAUCAAACGAAAAAUGGCGAUUUGGAGUUCGCUUGCACGUCCUUUGCAGUUUUCAACUCAGUUUAAAACUUUGCUGAAAAGUCCAGUUGUGUGCAAUGCUGGUAAAAAUGCAUUGAUGCUAAGCAGGCCGAUGUCCGGACAUGGUCCUAGAAUUUUCACAAUCACGCCUUCCCGCUUCCAAUGGCACAAGUUUAAGGAUUUGUUCCACUUUUAUAUCAUGAUUGGUUUGAUUCCAGUCCUGGGAAUUGUCUUUUACGCCAACGUAUUCAUCGGCCCAGCACAGCUGACAGAUAUUCCUGCCGACUAUGAACCGAAGCACUGGGAAUACCACAGCCACCCGAUAACGCGCUUUAUUGCUCGUUACAUUAUGACCAAUCCGCAACAGGAGUAUGAAAAAAUUUUGCAUCAUCUGUACGAGGAAAAUGAAAAAAGGCAAAUGCUGGAACUGGAGAAGCGGGUACGCGAUAAAAUGGCUGAGCGACACGAUUACCAAUCUUACUACUACCGUCCGGCUAUGGGCAAAUACCACCGGGUGGCCAAGGAAGCAGCUGAUCAUCUUGAAACGGUUCGUGGUGAUUAAACUGCUCAUCUAAUUGUAGAAACAUGUAUAUUGAAUAAACUAUUAGCAAAGGCUGAAUUAAAAUGAAAACUAAUGUCGAUCAGUAAAA